AUGCCGCCGGAACACGACGCGCUGAUCUCUCAAUACUCUCACCUGAACACCUUCCCUCGCCAAGAUGAAGCUCUUCACUCACUGCGAAAGAUCGCAUCACUGGUUAAACCAAUCAUGAGAGUGCGCAGCUGGAGAGUAGGCACAUUGACAGAAUUUUACCCCGACCAGACCAAUCUUUUAGGACUUAAUGUCAAUCAUGGAGAAAAGAUAUGUCUUCGACUACGAUAUCCUGGAGACAAGAACCAGUUCCUUCCUUUGGAACAGGUCGUCGAUACCAUGCUCCACGAGCUCUCACACAACGAAAUCGGCCCGCAUAAUGCUCAGUUCCAUGCUCUUUGGGAUCAACUCCGAAAAGAGUAUGAAGGUCUAGUUUCGAAAGGAUACACCGGGGAAGGCUUCUUGUCCGAAGGUCAUAGACUCGGUGGCCGGCGUAUUCACCGAGACGAAGCUAGGCGGAUUGCUCGUGCGGCCGCCGAGAAGAGACGCACGCUCUACGCAGGAUCCGGCCAGAAACUUGGUGGACGACCAGUCGCAGCCGGAACCGACAUUCGAAAGGUCAUCGUCGACGCGAUCGAGAGACGGAACACGGUCCUCAAAGGAUGUGGUUCUGGGAAUAAGGACGAAAAGGAGAUCAAGGACCUUGCCGAUGCAGCCACAAGGAACGGAUUUAAGACGAAGGGCGAAGAAGAUGAGGCGAAUGAUCGGGCUAUUGCUCAAGCCCUCUGGGACCUUGUUCAAGAAGACGAGAAGGAGGAAUAUGGUGAAUCAUACGUCCCUCCGACAGCAUCGAAUCCAACAGGCAAUGGUGGCGGAAAGGUUGGCCCAGAACAAGCCAUUAAGCAAGAGCCACCCUCUAAACCCCCAGCUCCUGCCCGUACAAAGGCACCUCCUAUUAGACAACAUCCUGAUCGACCUGUCAGUCGUCUAGUCUCCGAACAGACAAACAAAAGACCAAGAACAAUCCCGAAGAAGUCGGAUACCUAUGCCUCUUCCUUAACCUCAGCAUCAGCAACCGCAACCGCACCCAAGCCAACAUUUGUUGCAGCUCCAGAUCCCCCUUCACCCGAGCCAUAUCUUGAUGGAUGGACCUGCCCAGUCUGUACCUUACACAACCCCAUCAGCUUUCUUGCCUGUGAUGCGUGUACCUUGGAACGCCCACCAGAAAUCACCAAGCAGAUAGUAGAAGCGGACCGCAAGGCAGUCACAACGACGAAGCCGCCAGGCCUACAAGAUUCUUGGAGAUGUUCGAGAUGCAGCACGAUUAUGGAAAAUAAGUGGUGGACUUGCUCGACUUGUGGGAAGUUGAAGGAUAAAUCAUGA